GCGUAUUGUAGAUCACAAUCUCCACCAUAUUCCACAAUAAAUCAUUCAACAUGCAGUCUUCGUCAGUAGAGUCAGUGCCUCAAAACGCUAAAGAUCAUGUUAAUUUGCUCAUUCUUGGAGCCGGAUGGACGUCGACGUUUUUGAUUCCGCUCCUGGAGCGCGAGGGUAUCAAAUAUGCGGCUACAACUACCACUGGCAGGGAUGGAACAAUCCCCUUCAAAUUCGAUCCGCAAUUAAGCGAUCCGGCGCUGUACAAGACCCUGCCAUCUGCUGACACCGUACUGAUCGUCUUUCCUCUCCGAGGCCAGGGUCAAUCGAAACAUCUAGUGCAGAUGUACGAAUCCACACACAAAACCGUCGAAGGUCACAAAUUUCACUUCGUGCAAUUAGGUGCGACAACUAUAUGGACGGCGUCCACAUGGCACGACGAGAACUCACCAUACGAGCUCAGUGACGCCCGCGCCAUCGCCGAGGAUGAACUCAUGUUGUGCUCUCAGGGUGCUGUCUUGAACCUCGCGGGUCUGUACGGAGGUGUCCGACAUCCGCGCGACUGGCUAGACCGUGUGAUUAACACGAAGGCCCAGCUGAAGGGCAAAGGUGCGCUGCAUGUAAUUCACGGAGACGACCUCGCAAGAGCCAUCGUCGCGUUUCAUCGGAACUUCACACCGGGGAAACGCUGGCUCCUCAGCGAUAUGCACGUCUAUGACUGGUGGGACUUAGCACAGGACUGGGCAGUUCAGACUCUAAGAGGUGCUAAGAGCGGCGAUUUUGAUGUUCCUGCUGAUAAGAUCGAGAUACAGAAAGAGCUGCUUGCCUGGGUCGGCGAACUUAUGGUGGAGCAAGGCGUGCGAGCUCUUCCGAGGGACACGUCCUCUUUAGGUCGAACACUAGACGGUAGGGGAUUCUGGAAGAAAAUGGGCAUCUGGCCAACACACGGACGGAUCAAAUAAAUACAGAGCUUUCGGACGAAAAAAAGAAAGAAAAGGAUCAUGGGUGUAUGCUUG